AUGGCUAACAGGGAGAAGCCUGCGCGGGACGAACUCAAGAACCUCCAAGAAGACCUCGGCCCUUAUUACCAAAUCCCUCUCAAACCCCGACGAAGUGGUACUCAUUCGAGAGAGAAUAGCUUUCAAGAGUCUCUGCGCCAAUCCUCAAAUACGCCCGAGCCUAAACGUUCGAGCUCCAAGCGACAGGAUCCUUCCAGCAGAGAUUCGACACCGAACCGACCCUCCAAGUCGAGGACCAAGAACCAUAGCAGGGACAUUACCUCGGACGUGGGCACGCCCAAGCGGUCAUCUCCAGGUAGAAGUGAAACCAAUACCCCGCGCCCAGAGUCGGUGAAGCCGCCGGAGCGCAAUAAUCGCGACAUGUCACAACGAAACCGCAGCGGGCGCGCGUCCAACCGCAACAAUGGAAAUUCACACGGAGAGGAAGUGCAGAUAUGGGAGCUAUGCAAAAGCCAAAUGGGAGAGAUUGUCUCGGGAAUCAAUGCCGAGAAUGACAGUCUUACAGAGCUUGUCACCAUGGAUAAGCAAGUCGGCGCCAUGGAUCUGGAAAAGAUUCCCGGAGAUUCAUUGAAAGAAAUGGAGCAACUGUGCCGGGCAGGGGUCAAACACUCCGAGGCUAACAUGUCAUCACUCAAGAAUACUAUCGAGCAGCUUAAAGUGUUGCGUGCCGUGGUGCACGCAAAGGAACAGCAGGAUGCUCAAGCGGCAGGGCCUGGCAAGAGACAGGCGCGAGAUACCACAGCGGCGGCUUCUUCGCUCUACGACUUUGAUGGAGCUGGAGACUCGCCUGUCCCUAGUCCCAUCGGGGGAAAUUCACGGAAGUACGGCGAUCGAGCCAGAGAACGUGAACGCGAACGCGAACGCGAACGGGAAAGAGAGCGGGAAAGAGAACGGGACCGCGACCGUGACAGCAUGCCACCCAAGGCCGAUAGUGUUGAGCCUCAGGGGUCAGUGGGUAGUGGCGUCGGAUCCGGGAACAACAAGUCCAAAGUCGUCUUUCAAAAAGGUGACACGGUCGCAUUCAAACCGAAGCAAGUGAGCAGUGGCGAUUCGGCACCAGACUGGAUACUAGGUGAAGUUGCACAGGUGAUGGGCGAAGGCAAGAGCCGUCGCUACAAGGUCCUUGAUAUAGAGCCUGAGGAUCAGAACAAACAGAAGGAAUACCGAUCAAGCGCCAGCAGUAUGAUCCCCAUCACGCCUGAAAGUCAGGCAUCUACGCUCAAAGAUUGGGAGUCGGGCAAAAUGGUGCUAGCGCUAUACCCAAACACAACGACAUUCUACAAAGCUGAGGUUCACAGCAUGGACAAUGAUGGCAAGGUCAACCUCAAGUUUGAAGGGGAAAACGACUCAUCAACGCUGCAGCAGGUUGAGAGAAGGUUUGUGAUUGAGUACAGGGCAUAG